ACAAGCUAGAAAGAAAACAAUUGGAUUUUGAUAAGAACAAUAAUUAUACUAGAUAAUCACUUCGGCACACAGCAUUCAUAGGUAUAUAAUGCAGGCAGCUGAGGGCGUAGCCGUGAGCUGCGUGCCUCAGUAAUUAGGGACCUUAAGCAUCUAGGACGUUGACGUCCAGGACGUGAACCGGAAGUAAUAAUCUGCGCCUGCGUGUACUGCGCAUGUGCUAAAGCCACCGUCAUGAAGCUGAAAACGCUGUCCUGAACGUGAAUUUUACCCGGUUCAAGUGCUGAAGAGAACUUUGUAAAUACUUUCCCUAAACGUUGACAAUGAGUCCAUUCCAAUUUAUUCCAGACGCUCAAUCAAAGACUCCGAGCAAAAUGGAGUGGAAUGAGGAAAAAAACAUCUUAUUGAUCAGAGAAGUUCUAAAUGUGGAGCCAUACAAUGCAAAGGAAAGGACAACACAAAGGGCUCAGCUAUGGCAACAAGUUGCAGACAAUCUGAACAACCAUCACAGCCCAAAAUUUAAGGUGGAUAAGAGAGCAGUGAGAGACCACUUGAACAUGAUAAUUGAAAAGUUCAAGAAAAAGAUGAAGAAUGAGGAAAGUACCAGUGGCAUUAGUCCAGAACUGACUGAACUAGAUGCUCUACUUGAGGAAGUCAUUGGACGUAUUGAGGUAGCAAAUGAAGUGGUUCAGGUAGAAAAAGAUAAAACCAAGGAAAAAAUGGAGAAAGAAAAAAAAGAAGCAGAAGAUGUAAGGCUUAAGGCAAUGGAGAAGCUAGCUGAGCUGAGACUAAGAAAAAAAGUGGGGAUGAAGAACCAAAAAAGAAAAUCAGUAAACGGAGAAGAUCAAAUGGAACUGAUACUGUAAAUUACCUGUGAGAGAGAGCAGAAAUAGAGCAGCAAUACAGAGAACAAGAGCUAGAGAUAAAAAACAAGCAACUGGAAAGCAGCGUGCAACAUAAAGUGCAGUCAGAUCAACAACACAAGGAAUUUAUCCAGCUAGUCUUAAGUCAACAGCAGCAGC